AUGGCCCAUCCUUCGACGUACAACCAUCGGGCUCUGGGCGCACCAAGCGCCGUCACGACGAGCUCCAAUCAAGUCGUUGGCGGUAGUCACAAUAGUGGACCUACCGGGGCCAGACUGGCAGAUCUGCUCGACUUUGUCAAGGGCGAGUUUGACCAAGUCACCUCAGAGGCUCAGACGCUCAAGGCCCAAAAUCUCGACUUUGAGGCACACACCGCAAACCAAAUCUCAGAAGUGCAAGCGCUCCGACACGAUCUACUCGAAUUGGAGCGAGAGCAUCUCAAAGUGAAGGCGCAUUAUGAAGACGAGGUGAUGAGAUUGCGAAAGGAGCUCGAAUCGGUACAGGCGCAAGCGCAAGGCCGGCCGAGCAACCCGCAUCAAGAGCCGCUGCUGAUGCCAUCACAUCAGCAUCAGCAUCCCAAUGCGCCCUUUGCCAGCGGCUCUGCACCCUUUAGCACAGCACCGCCCACAAUCUCGCCCAAAUCUGCACAGGCCGGUACUCAGGAGCAAUACAGGCACGAUCAUGCCGGCGGGCCUAGCAAAAUGCAUCCCCAGCCUCGGCGCGAUUACGCAAGUCCACACGCUGCACCGCGCGAGCGACCAGAUGGGCGGGAGGAUCACGUGCCAGCAGCCAAACGCGCAAGGCAAGACGAGAUAGCUUCCCCGCGGUUACCUGUGCCUCAAGCUGGCUCGACCAGCACGCUUCAGCGCACUGCCGCAAGCAGCGACAAGACUGGAUCUGCUCCACCUGGUCGCACGACGCCGGUGCCGGCUCCCCGCCCUGCCAAUGGCGGGUCACACUCUGGAAGCGGCGAGGCGGAAGAUCGACCUCGUGUGAGCACUUCUGCUCGCGAAUCCGAAAGCUCGCCCUCCAACGGGACACAUUCUGCUCGAUCUGCGCUGUCCUCCCAGACCCCGCGUGGGGGUGCCGGCACGCCGGGCAGUCAACUGCCGCUCGUCGACAUUGAUCCAGACACCUUGCCGAGAGAUCUCAAGAAAGAGGGUUCAGAUUGGUUGACCAUGUUCAACCCGAAAGUGAAGCGCGUGCUCGAUGUCGGGCUCGUCCAUACCCUCGUGCAUGACAGUGUCGUGUGCUGCGUGCGCUUCUCGCCAGAUGGCAAGGUGCUUGCGACGGGCUGCAAUAGAAAUACGAAUCUGUAUGACACAAAGACUGGCGCGAAGCUCUGUGUUUUGAUUGAUGAUGCAAGCAACAGCAAGGCAGACAACUACAUACGGAGUGCCUGUUUCAGUCCGGAUGGCAAGUACAUUGCGACUGGUUCAGAAGAUCGCAUCAUUAGAAUAUGGGAUUUGAGCAAGCGCAAGAUAAGGCACGCCUUUCACGGGCACCAAUCGGAGAUUUACAGCCUAGCCUUUUCGCACGACGGUCGUACGCUCGUCUCUGGAUCAGGCGACAAGACUGCGCGAGUAUGGGACAUGGACAAGGGCAUCUCUGUCUUCACGCUCAAUAUCGACGACGGUUCUGCCGGUGACGCGAGUGUCGACGCAGGCGUGACAUCCGUCGCACUUUCACCAGACGGACGAUUACUUGCUGCGGGUUCGCUCGAUACGCUCGUCAGAAUCUGGGAUGCUCAGACUGGUCGAUUGCUCGACAAAGUCAAAGGCCACAAGGAUAGCGUCUAUUCAGUCGCGUUUGCACCGGAUGGCAAAUGGCUCGUAUCGGGCUCGCUGGACAAGACACUCAAGAUGUGGGACCUCUCCGCGUUCGAGAGCAGUAGCAUCAAGCGCGAAGACAGUGGCGGUCUGGCGACUUGCAUUCAAACUUUGAGCGGACACAAGGACUAUGUGCUGUCAGUGGCAGUCUCGCCAGACGGGCACUGGAUCGUCUCUGGUUCAAAAGACCGAGGCGUGCAAUUUUGGGAUCCGCAAACGGGCUUGGCGCAUUUCAUGCUGCAAGGUCACAAGAACUCUGUGAUUUCGAUUGCGGUGUCGCAAGUCGGGGGCUACCUUGCUACAGGGAGCGGUGACUGGCAUGCGCGGAUCUGGUCGUUCAGCGGCUAUUCUUGA